GGCUGUUCUCUUCCAUUGCAUCAAGAUGGCCAACGAAGUGGAAGUCGCACCGCUUCGAAGCUUAGAUGAUUUUCUGCUCGAAUCAGCCCGCUUCCAGCUUCCAAACAUUAAGGAUCUCGAAAAAUGGGGAAACAGAGUCGUCAACAAUCUCCUGUACUACCAGUCCAACUAUUUCGUCCUUGCCAUCCUCGUAUUCCUCGCCGUUGGGAUCCUGCACCCGUCUAAAAUGUUGUGUGGAAUGCUUGCAGUCACCGUAGCCUUUGGUCUCUUCUAUUAUAUCACCAACUCCAAAAGAGCUGCAAUAAAGUUCAAAAGAGACCACCCGAUCCUCAGCAUCCUGAUUAUUCUGACAGGUGGCUACUUCAUUGUCCACGUUCUCGGUUCCGUGGUGGUGUUUUUGUUUGGCAUCCUCUUGCCGAUAGUGUUGGUGUUCAUUCAUGCAUCGAUGCGUCUGCGUAACAUCAAGAACAAGCUGACAAACAAGAUUGAGACCAUUGGACUGAAGAAGACUCCGAUGGGGCUCUUCCUUGAUGCAUUGGGACAGGAGCAGGAGGCUGGAUCUCACGCCGCCGCAAGUGUUGUUCAGGCCGGAAGCGACCUUGCCGACAAGCUGGAAGAGAGGCUCACCCAAUUUGGACAACGUAUGAAGAUUAACAGGAACCGGUGAUGAUGGCGAACGCCCGCGCCAUUUUCAGAAGGACCAACGUGAACCGGCCCUUCGUCACUAUGCAUUUGAAGACUGGCAUGCAACUGGAAUGUCGUCCCAUUGCAGAUAUCUUCGCCUUGAAUCUGAAUCAACUUCGCUUUUCUGUUUUAUACCUCAGUUUCACUUUUUCUUUUGCUUUUUUGCUUUCCUAGCUCUCUCCCUUCUUUCUGAUAUUUAUUUAUAUAUAUAUUUUUUUGCAAUGCUCUCGCACAGUCCAUUGCCACUCUGAUCUCUGGCACAAUUUUGUUGACCGCGUCUUUGUAAAUUUUUAUGCUCCGGUGCUCGCCAUGCAAACAUCAUAGAGUCAAAAGUGAACACUUGGCAGAAAUCAACAUCGAUAGAGUGCUUUUGGUGCAGCUGAUGUAUGUGUACAGACGUCGCAUAUAUUUAUACGAACCUAAGACAGCACGGGCGAGUGAUCAACGACGCUGUAACAACGAAUAAUGCAAAUGAAUAAAGUUGAGCUUUUUUACUAGA